GUAGUACAGGCGCAGUUGGUAACGCACGCUUCUCUUGUAAAAAAAAACUUUUCGUAAGUUCAACAAUGACGACGUUGCGCUGCGUGCUUAUGCUGGUUGCCUUGGCCGGGGCCACGUUCGCGGGUCCUGAGGUCACUGAACUAAAGACAGAAGUAGUUAGCGUUCCAGAAGGAUGCACCACGAAGUCCAAGCACGGCGAUAUGCUCACCAUGCACUACACUGGCACGCUAGACGACGGACACAAGUUCGACUCGAGUUAUGAUCGCGAUCAACCUUUUACGUUCCAAAUUGGCGUUGGGCAAGUGAUCAAGGGAUGGGACCAGGGCUUGCUUGACAUGUGCGUUGGUGAGAAACGUAAACUGACUAUUCCCGCAUCCUUGGGCUACGGAGAGCGCGGAGCCGGCAACGUGAUUCCUCCCCACGCUACAUUGCAUUUCGAAGUGGAGUUGAUCAACAUCGGUGACUCUCCACCGGCCACAAACGUGUUCAAGGAAAUCGACGCCGAUAAGGACAACAUGCUCUCCCGCGAAGAAGUGAGUAUCGAGUUAGCGUUCCAAGCGAUGGAUACCGACCGCGAUGGAGAGCUAUCACGAGAGGAGGUGAGCGACUAUUUGAAGAAGCAGAUGGUUCCCGCCGACGGUGGUGAAGUAAGCGAAGACAUCAAGCAAAUGUUGGAAAGUCACGAUAAACUUGUUGAGGAAAUCUUCCAGCACGAAGAUAAAGACAAAAACGGCUUCAUCAGCCAUGAGGAAUUCUCUGGACCUAAGCACGACGAACUUUAAAUGAGUCUCCGAAGCCUUAGGCAUUAUUAGGAGCCAACAUUUUACACAAAAUCUGUAGCACUUCACAUAAAAAAAAUUCACGACUUCUUUGAUUAUUAAUUAUUAUCAUCUGUUUCAUGCUCAAUCUUUCAUCUAUAAACAGAAUUAAACCACAUCAUUAGUCAGUAAUUAUAAACUGGAGACUUCAAGUUUUUCUUUACAAUUUCUAAUUAUAAUUAGGAUUGCUAAAUUCAAUCAAAUUACUACAGACCUCGUCUCCAGUUUCCAAUCUCCAAUCCUUGAAUCUAAUAUACUUUUUUUCUAUUUGUAUGAGUCUUAACAGAGUUAUGUUGUCUUUUGUACUUAGUUUAUUUACUUAAGUUGUUGGUGGAAUGUAGUUUUGUUAUACUUUAGCUUAAUGUAUAUUGUAAUGUCGUAUGUAAUAUACAUAUGUACAUACAUAGCAUAUAAUAUUUAAUUUUAACGGUAGUUGAUGACGUCUACAUUAGAAACUGAAAUUAUUUACAUGGUUAUGGCACGGUGGCCGUAUCAUGUCAAAGGUGUCAGAAUAGCUCAAACACAAAGUUUUUCAUAUGGCUCUGUAACCGAAGCAUUGAUUGCUUUAUUUAUAAUACUUAACUGCUAUGGGCAUCUGAGGAACAUUGGAAUUAAGAGAUUCGUUUACUUUACACCAUAAUAGUCCAUUUGUAAUGUUCGAUAAUUUUGUAUAGAACAAGAAACAAAUUGUUAUUUUCCUUUAUUUAUCACAAAAUCUGUGGUUUCUUUAAAAAAUGUUAUUCUUUUAACAUCUUUGGCCGUAUAGCAGUUUUGUAAUGGAAAUUAUGCAUAUCGUCUAGUAGGUAGGCGACGUCUAUUCCGCUAUGUACAAUAAAACCUAUUUGUAACA